AUGGCGCCCUCCCUCGAGGCACCCGAUAAUGUUGAAGACGUCCUCUCCAACCCCCUAAAAGCCGCUCCUAAGCUCGUGGCCCCUGAGCCAGAACACUGUCCAGGCCCCGAAUCCGAAGCAGCAGGCAAAGCCGACUCUUGCGCCGGCUGUCCCAACCAAGCAAUAUGCGCCUCUGCCCCCAAAGGACCGGAUCCUGAUAUCCCAGUAAUUACUGCGCGUUUGUCUGGCAUCAAACACAAAGUCCUGAUCUUGUCGGGCAAAGGCGGAGUGGGAAAGAGUACAUUCACAUCAUUACUGGCACAUGCUUUCGCGACGAAUCCGGAUAAUACGGUGGGCAUUAUGGACACGGAUAUUUGCGGACCGAGUAUACCGAAGAUGAUGGGGGUAGAGAGCGAGACCAUACAUAUCAGUGGUGCGGGGUGGAGUCCCGUUUGGGUUCUGGAGAAUUUGGGGGUUAUGAGUGUGCAGUUUAUGCUGCCGAAUCGCGAUGAUGCUGUUAUCUGGAGGGGACCGAAGAAGAACGGGUUGAUAAAACAGUUUUUGAAGGAUGUGGAAUGGGGGGAUAUGGAUUUUUUGCUGGUUGAUACGCCGCCUGGGACGAGUGAUGAACAUCUCAGUGUCAACUCUUUCUUAAACGAGAGUGGAGUUGGUGGAGCUGUGGUUCUUACGACCCCGCAGGAAGUCGCCUUACUCGAUGUACGAAAGGAAAUCGACUUUUGUCGAAAGGCGGGAAUCAAAAUUCUGGGCAUCGUGGAGAAUAUGUCGGGAUUCGUUUGUCCCAAGUGUACACAUGAAAGUCAAAUCUUUCAGGCAACGACCGGAGGAGCGAGGGGGUUGGCAAAGGAGAUGAAUAUUCCAUUCCUUGGUGCUGUACCCCUUGACCCUCGAAUUGGAAUGGCCUCAGAUUACGGAGAGAGUUUCUUCGAUUCAUGGCCUGAUAGUCCAGCAUGUACGGCAUUGAAGGGUGUCGUGAGGAGAGUCGGGGAGGAAAUGGGUCUCAAAGCCGAAGUCGUCUUACCAGAGGAUUGA